UAACAAGCCCCUUGAUUUUCGUACAGAAAUGCUACACUACGAGAGGUUCGAGUCUAGGUUGAGGUGAGUGAGUACCUGGGGCCCCGCCACUAAUAAGACAGCGACAAAUGGUGGUGGCCUGGGGCUUGUGGCAAGAAGCAGCAGUAGCAGUAGUGCCAGGACAAGGUAGUAGUAGCAGUGGCUGUUGAGCACACAGCGCAGACAAGAUCAGAGCAGACGAGGCAAGACCAGAGAGCAGAGGCGACAUCAAUCAAGAACGGCUUCAACUGCUAAACCUGGCGAAGUUCCUCUUCGAUCCCCACAUUCGUUGCGUCCCUAACAGUGAUAAUAAAAUCAUGCCACCCACACGCAGCCUGGCCUCUCGUUUCUUCACGGCAACAGAGACUUGACUUAACCAGACCAACACCGACACUGACGACUGAUCUCCUCCAGCAUCGUGAUGGGCUCGCCUCGGCAGCGCAAGCGGUGAAGAUUCAAACAUCGGCAGAGGCGACACCUCUCGCCUUGUACCCACAGAAGAAAAACCUGGUGCUGCAAGUCGACUUGACGAGUUCACGAGAGUUCGCCGUUCACCGUGGGUUUCGCAUCUGCCUCCACACUCUGCGCCCCGGAUCUCGUGCGUCUGGCGCAACCCUCCGGAUUCACCACUAAAACGGUUAUGUGCCGACGUUCACCCGUGGCCCUCGAUUGUUGUAGCCAGCGUCAGGAAUCGUAACGACGUCGACCGAGUGACCCUACAAUGUCGUCUAUCUCGCCCGUUGGGUCCUACGCGUCUACCCAUCCCCAAGAUCCAGGCGGUGCGUACAAGUAUGAGGAUCAUUCAGAUUUCCACCUCCAACCCACGUAUGGCAAUCAGUUCGAGAUCCCGUUACCGGUGCCGCGCUCGGAUCCAGGACCUCCCCAGUCGAAAUCCAGCCGACCGCAGUCGACCGGCUCGUCAGAGCCUAAAGUACGGUUGAGAAAGGCUUGUGAUAGCUGCAGUGUGCGAAAGGUCAAGUGUGAUGAGACGGGACCUCCUUGCAAAUCAUGCGCCGCGCUUGAUAUCCCCUGCACUUUUGACCGACCGAGUCGACGCAGAGGCCCUCCCAAUAGACAUGCAGAGGCAAUCAAGAGACAGAAGCUGGAAGGCACAGCAUACGAAGCAUCUCGAGCCUCGCCAACCCACGAUGCCGCCUAUAGCCUGGCCGCUCUCUCAGGCCCUGCCCCGCUGUCGGCCGAGUCCAUCUGCGAUUUGCUCACGGUGAACAUUCUUCUCGAUGACUACUUUACCUACAUCCAUCCGUUAAUUCCCAUACCGCACGAGUACACGUUCCGCCGGUUGUUCGAGGCUAGGGAGGACAGGACCAACCGGAGCUUCUUGGCCCUGACUGCUGCCAUGAUCGAAUGCCUAGUGGCAUCGUUCCCUCGAAGGCCGCGGCAACUUUUCAACUCGGAGGCAGGUCGGGCACAGUUCCCGAAUGCCGGCGCAUUGAUCGAUAGAUGUCGCCAAGUCUUUCACGAAGCCCGGGGUGUGGGCUAUCAGGACAGAUCCAUGAGCCUCAAUGACGGGAUUGCCAGCUAUCUCACAGCGAUUGCCGCUGCUUAUACAUGGAACCUCCCGCGGCUGCGCCUAUACCUGGGCGAAUGUACCAUUAUCACGCGGGAACUGGGCUUUCACCGACCAGAAGGCCGCCCUCCUUUGGGGAAUACCGGAGUCACGUUCUCUCCGGUCGAGGCCAACCAUCCUCCUCCCGUUGAUUACGUCUACCAGGAAUCGGGACGACGUCUCUUCUGGCUGCUUUUCGUGGGGGCCAUGUCCGCUCGACAGCUUGAUGAGGCGGAAGGCGAUCUGCUGAUGCCCCCAGUGUCGCACGCCGAGAUGCUUCCCCCUCUUCCGCUAGAGGUGGACGAUGAGUACAUCACAGAGUCACAGGUGUUUCCACAGCCUCGCGGCGUUGUCUCAGAGUUGGUGGGCUUCAACCUGAAUGUUAAGGUCUUCAGGGCGUUUCACUUCCUUGCCGCCUUAGAGAUGGCGUUCGGUGCUAAUACGGUCUACGACUGGGAUCGGCAGCGUCAAAUCAUCCGGCGCGCAUUACAGAACGUGAAGGAUGCUACCCGCGAUGCCCCAAAGGAGCUUCAGCUAAACCCAGCCAAUGGAUUUGGCGAAUGGCCACCUAGCCAGACCGACAUCUCAGCAUAUUCUCAUCUGUUCAACGGACGCGAAGGGACAGAGUCCGACACCAAUCUGACGCCCGGCAGCGGCCGAGGCUCGCUGUCAGUCCCGCCACACUCGAAAAGAGCCAUUCAGUUCGAAAUUCAGAAGGCUAAUAUUUACGCCACUCAGCUGUCAUCGAGAUCGUACCUCGUUGAGCGGUUUUGGAAUUUGUAUGAGAUUGUGGACCGUGACAAGUUAGUUUUCGCUUCGGAUAAAUCGGGGGCUACUAGUAGUGCCUCUCCCACCGCUGGAAUCUUGACCGCCGGGAUGGAGCACAGCUACGCCAAACAAGUGGCCGGACGGACUCCAAGUGACAGCUUGAUGGAUUCGGGCGAACAAAUGAUGGCUGUGGAGCGUGAGGAUAUUGUGCGCGACAUGGCAUUGCUGCUGAAAAGCAUCAACCAGGUCAACAUGGAACCCAAUGGGAUGAGUUUUUGCAACAAAAUCCGAACCGUCGCCUCCACAUUGCUCGAAACUAAGCGUUCUCGAAUGAGUGUGAUGCCGACGCUCGACUCGGAAAGCGUCAACGCGUAUCUUCACACGUUCCUGGAGAUUUUGGCGAAGCUAGAAAGGUUGGGCCCUCUGCGUUAUCGAGGCAUGCCCGAUAAUGCCAACGGGGGCUUCCUGAGAACACCGGAGGAGAUCGAAGAGGACGAGCUGGUGCACUGGGCCAGUCUAAAGGAGCAUCAAGAAAUGUUUGCUCGUUCCAAUGGUGUUUGGCAAUAACCAGCCUCGUCGAAUAUCAAACAAUAAUGAGAGAUGACCAUUGACGGGAGGACGACUUUGAUGACUCUGAUAAAGUUAUGGGGGCCUGUUGAAAUGUUUCUCCCGUGCCAGCUUGCCUGCAACGGUUUUUGGAUACUACAAGCACACAGAUAAUACCCGUGUACGAAUGAAUCAAACAUAUGAGCUGAAGCAGA